GUUUGAACGGCCACGCGUUCUUGCAUUGAACGGCUGGCAAGAAAUUGCACACAAAUCCUGAUAACUCAUUCAGGCUGCCACACCUUCGCUCAUUCGAUCGCAGCUCUCCCCUCACCGUCACAUCUGAUCGGAGCAGCGCUGCAUCAUGGCUGCCACCGCGUUCACGGCGGUCUCUGUGCCGAGCAAUGCUUCCCUCAAGGUAGCGGGCUCAAAGGGGCUUUCUGAAUUCUCCGGCAUGAAGAGCACUAAUGCCGUCACUUUCGGCAAGCGCUCUGAUGACCUCGCAUCUAUCGUGGCUGCUCAGUCUGCCGUGUCUGCCAGCUCUGGAGCCACGAGGGCUGUCACUGAGGCUAAGAUCAAGGUUGCCAUCAAUGGUUUCGGUCGUAUCGGGCGUAAUUUCAUCCGUUGCUGGCAAGGGAGGAAGGACUCACCCCUUGAUGUUGUUGUCAUCAAUGACACCGGAGGUGUGAAGCAGGCCUCUCACCUGCUGAAGUACGACUCCAUGCUAGGUACCUUCAAUGCAGAUGUGAAGGUUGAGGGCAACAAUGCCAUCAGUGUCGACGGAAAGGUCAUCAAGGUGGUUUCCGACAGGAAUCCUUUGAAUUUGCCAUGGGGGGACAUGGAUAUCGACCUGGUCAUCGAAGGAACUGGAGUCUUCGUUGACGAGGCUGGUGCUGGCAAGCACAUCCAGGCUGGGGCGAAGAAGGUCCUGAUCACCGCCCCAGGAAAGGGUGCCAUCCCCACCUUCGUUGUGGGUGUGAACGAGCAGGACUAUAAGCACUCGGACGCUAUCAUUAGCAACGCCUCGUGCACAACCAACUGCCUUGCUCCCUUCGUCAAGGUGUUGGACGAGAAGUUCGGAAUCAUCAAGGGAACCAUGACCACUACCCACUCCUACACUGGUGACCAGAGGCUGCUCGAUGCCUCCCACCGUGACUUGAGGAGAGCGCGUGCCGCAGCCCUGAACAUUGUGCCCACCUCCACCGGAGCUGCCAAGGCCGUGGCUCUCGUAUUGCCAAAUCUGAAGGGAAAGAUCAACGGAAUUGCCCUCCGUGUGCCCACCCCUAAUGUGUCAGUUGUAGACUUGGUCGUCCAAGUUGAGAAGAAGACCUUUGCCGAGGAGGUAAACCAGGCCUUUAGAGAUGCAUGCCAAACUGAGCAGUUGAAGGGAGUGUUGGCCGUGUGCGACGAGCCAUUGGUGUCAGUGGACUUCAGGUGCACUGAUGUGUCAUCUACGGUGGACUCAUCGUUGACGAUGGUCAUGGGAGACGAUAUGGUGAAGGUUGUGGCAUGGUACGACAACGAGUGGGGAUACUCACAGAGGGUCGUCGACCUGGCCAACCUGGUUGCGGAGAAAUGGGAGUAGAUUGCCUACUUAGAGCGUUCUGCAGGUGAAGGUCAACAGUUUUUGCAAGGUCUAGUAUCAGCCCGCUGCGUCUGAAGCUGGAUGUUGUUGCAUGUUGGCUAGGUUUUUUUUUCAAUCUAAUGCGAGGAGUUGCCGAUAAGACCCGACCUAGGGGCUUCUUUGUCGGGUUGGUCGUCAUUCUUAGUACUCCUCGAGGCUGAUAGUAAUCAGCUUGUAUUCAUUCGUCGAGCCUAAUGCAUCCGCGUCUUUGUGCUCCGGAAUAUUUCUGUAUACAUCGUUGUAAUUUUAAAACCUCUUCAUUGUACUACUGCUA